AUGUUCAAUUUCCACCAGGAAGCGCCGUUCGAUCACCGUGAAGCUACCUCCUCUAGUCUCCUACAGGGCACACUCUUCGAUCUGUUUAGCGUAUCGUUACGCGUCUUCUCUCAGAAUCUUACAACCUUCAUCCUGGAUGCUUAUGUCGACGCGGCGCUGUUCCGGCCCUCUAUCCACGAAUCGUGCGCCAUGCCAUUGUGGCCCUCGCUCAAGAAGCUCAAGAUAUCGUUCAACCCCGUCGCGCCUUCUGGUACCUGGUACUUCGUUGGCACCCCGAGGGACAAGGAGGACACUCAAUUCAUGCAGCACGGUAAUCGAGACACGCUAGACCAGUUCCUCAUCGCCUUUGCAAAGGCGACGCAGCAGAUGCCUGUCCUCGAAAGCUUUAUGCUCGAGUGCGAAAUCGGAUAUGAAGUGGGGUUCUUCGAAUUGUCCUACUAUGCGCCUGGCGUGAAGGCGGACUGGAGUUUAGAUUGGGGUGAUGAAGACACGGCGACGGUCCGACGAUUGUAUUACACAGUUAGAAAUGUGUGGAGGCCGGAUGCGUUCGUUAAGGAAACUUUGCGCGAUGUUGGAAGGGAGAGGCAUAGGCCAGAGCUGAUUAAGAGGUUUCUUGGGCACAGGAGUUGGAGUUCGCAGUCGGCUUAG